CCUAGCUGCUUCUCGGCGAGUAUCCCGAUAAAAUAAGGAACUGAAAUUACUUCUCAUGCCCAUUUUUCCAGUCGCUUUCACUGCAUGUCCAAGACCUUGGACGAAAGGAAAAAAAGAACCGGAAGGAGAUUGGCAAGCGGUCGAGGCUUGAUGACAUUGCUGCAGAUUUUAAGAAAAAGCAAAAGGUGCAGAAUUAUCAGACACCUAAAUACUUUUGCAUUCUGAAGUUAUGAUAUUCCAACAGUGGCAAUGUAUUUUUACCCAGACCCAGGAGACGAGGGCAGCACCUCAAGAGGAUAGGAUACUUCGACAUCUCCUCCAGGAGAAAGAGGGGAAAAUAAAAAGACUUCAGAAAGAGCUUGCCGAGGAACAGGCUCACAGCCGGAGGCUGGGUUUGGCCCUUGCAAUGAAAAUUGAAGCUGCCUCAGAACCGCAAUGGAGGAGGCCUGGUACUUCAAGCGAGGAGCAUCUGUUGGCUGAACCACCGUCUUUUGAAGGCAUUGAACUGCUCGAAGACUCGCCAAGUCGUCUAGUAGAGGAGGUCCCCAAAAGUCCAGUGCCAUCAACCUCGUACACAGGAAACCUUUCCGGAGCGGAAAAGUCUACCGACCAACCUUCACUGGGCCGAGCUCCUUUUCCGUCAGCUGACCAGCAACCGGGCAAGUACAGAAAUGCUCAAAAGGGGCAGAAAGCAGAUUUCUGA